AUGAACCAAUGGAAAAAAAGAAAUUUUUCUCUCGUAUAAAAAAUACAUUUUAUCGGAAUAAAGAUAAAGAAAAUAAAACAAUAAGACAAGAUACUCCGAUAGAUACAAGUCUCAAAGGACCGAGACCAUUCGCACGGGUAUUUAAACCACCUGUACCCGCGCAAAGAUCUCAACAACAACAGGAUAUUGUUAUUGAAUCUAAUAUAAAUAACUUACCGAAAACACCACCAGGUCUAGUGGAACCACCUGUACUCCGUCCAAGACAGAGUACACCAAAAACACCUAUUCCACUACCACAACGGUUUGCUUACAGUCCGAAGAUUGUAACAACAAAUGAUGAUUAUGAGAUAAAUGAUGCUCAAGUUGAUGCAUCAGAUUCUAGUAUAAGAAUAGAAAAUGAACAAAAUAACCAUAUGGAACAAGAUCAACAUAUGGAAAUAAAUAAGGAUACACACUCACCAUCAGUUGUAUCAAAAGAUAUGGAUUUUAAUCUUUUUAAUUUAUUUAAUUUUCCGAUAAUACGGAUAGAAUCACAUCGAGAAUUUUUAGAAAAGAAAAUGAAACAACAAGAAAAAGAAUUAGAAGAACUUAUGAGACAGUUUAGUGAAGAUACACAUAGAAUAGUAGUACAAUAUGUUAAGGAUAGUAUAGAACCAUUAAUAGAUAUUUUAAAGGAUUCGAAUAAGAAACGUUGA